GGUGAGCGCGUGUCGGCAGCGCGCAUCCGUCUACAGGCAGCCGCUCGCUCCUCCAUCUCCGUGGUUCUGUGUGUCGCAGGAGGGGUACAGCAUGGGGCAGCAUGGCACAGCGCGGGGCUUCGACUCCUAAAGCCGCCGAGCCUCCCAGACCCGCUGCUCUCCGUCCCUGCUGAGGAGCUCCGGGGAGACAGUCACUUACCUGAGCCAAGAACCAUGGAUCCUUCCUCGAGCAGCCAGCAGUAUGGCACGAAGAAACGUGUCAAAAUACACCCGAAUACAGUCACUGUAAAAUACGCCAUGCACUUCCCGCAACCGGGGGAUGAGGGCUAUGAUGAUGCACCGUCCUUCGAGGAUUUUGGAUCCUUUAUGGAAAGCAACCCCAGCAAGAGGCUGGUGACGGACUCCGGGCACGGGAGGACUUUCGGGACUAUGGACGUGCGUCCCAAGUCAUCAGGAGAGCAGAAGGAUAAAGGAGUAGGCAGCCAGCUGGCGAGUUUCGGCGAGGCCUCGGUUUUAGCGUCACGGGUCACCUGGGGAGCGCUGUUCGGCGCUGCGGUGGCUCACGGGUGCGUAGCUCUGAUCACACGGCUCGCAGCCGAUCGCUCCAAAGUGCCCUCCUUAGAGCUCAUUUUCAUCCGCUCUGUCAUUCAAGUGUUGUCCAUAUUAGUGGUCUUGUACAAUAAGGAAGCCCCGUUCGGUCCUAAGGGAUACCGUUUGCGGCUCUUCUUCUAUGGGGUUUGCAACGUCAUUUCCAUCACUUGCGCCUACACGUCGUUCGCUAUCGUCCCGCCUAGCAACGGGACCAUCAUGUGGAGAGCCACGACGACAGUGUUCAGCGCCAUCCUGGCCUUCCUUCUUCUGGACGAGCGCCUCGGGUACACAGAUAUAGUCACGGUAGUAGGCAGCCUCUUCGGGCUGUGCCUGGUCAUGAUUCCUAACAUCACAGACGAGGAAAAAUCGCGACUGGGCUUCUGGAAGGAGGCAUUCGGCUACACUAUGACGGUGAUGGCGGGCCUGACCGCUGCCCUCUCGAUGAUCGUGUACCGUGCCAUCAAGGAGCGCGUCAGCAUGUGGACGGCGCUGUUUACUUUCGGCUGGACAGGGACCGUUUGGGGAGCGUCCACCAUGUUCGCCAUGCAGGAGCCCAUCAUCCCUCUGGAUGCCGAGACAUGGGGCUACCUGAUUGGCAUCUGCAUCUGCUCCACCGUGGCGUUCCUUGGGGUUUACUACGCCUUGAACAAGUUCCACCCUGCUCUAGUGAGCACCGUGCAGCACCUGGAGAUAGUCGUGGCCAUGUUCCUGCAGCUCGUCGUGCUACGCAUGGUACCGUCCGCGUAUGACAUCUUCGGUGCGCUGGUCAUCAUGAUUAGUGUCUUUGUUCUCACGGGCCUCAAGCUGUACUGGGUGGGACGCGCCAUUCGACAGGAUUACCAGGAGAUCUUGGACUCGCCGAUCAAAUGAGAAUGCCACUGGUGUAUCUGUGUUUUUAUGUUUGUUUUUGUGUGUGCGUGUACAGUACGUGGGCGUGUGACAGUGUCUAAGGCUCUGUGUAUGAGAGUGUAUGUUUGUAUAACAGUGUUUUCCCAGGCAUCCCCACUUCCUCGGGCACUCCAAAUGUGCAAUCGAUGAAUGUCUUAAUAUUUUAUUUAUUUUGUAUAGUGUUGUUGAAAGAGUGCCAAUGAUAUCAUGUCUUUGCUAAGUGUUGA